AUGACGGACAACUGCCGGAUCGUGUUCGAGGUGGAGAAUCUGCGCAACGCCUCGCCCGCGACGGUCUCCCGUGCCGGCAUCAUCUACGUGAGCGCCAGCGACCUCGGCUGGAAGCCACUCGUGGAGAGCUGGCUUCUGCGGCGGCUGGAGCUCGGCUCCAACCGCCACGGCGAGGUGGAGGUCUUGGAGGCGCUCUUCGAGAAGUGGUUGAAGCAGGCGCCGCCGAACUCGGGCGCCGCCGCGGACCUCUUCGACUGGCACGUGCGGAACCUCAGGGCCAUCAUGCCCACAAACGACUCCAUCAUGAUCGCGAACGCCCUCAACAUCCUCGCCGCCUCGCUCAGGACGUCCGUGGAGGAGAAUUCCGUGCUCUCCGAGGGCGCCUACCGCCGCGUGGCGUGCUGGGCGUGCAUGUGGGGCUUUGGCGGGCUGCUGGAGCCGGAGGAGCGGAAGAAGCUCUGGGCCAAGUUCUCCGAGGUGCUCGAGGCGAAUCACCACGAGGACGAGCCGGGCUGA